AUGGGAGUUUUUUUAGGUCCAGAAUCUGGACUCGUUUUGUACAUCAGCAUCCAUCAUUGGAAAAUCACUUCGAUGAAUGGAUUAAUAGAAGUAACAUGUUGGGCAUGUCGUCUUUUAGUCAGUGGAGGUACCGGUUUAUUUCAUGUGAAACGAAAUAAAAAAAAUUCGAAGGAAGGAGGAGGAGGAGGAGGAGGGGGAGUCGAAAUGUCAACGAUAUUAAAAAAUCCUGAUUAUUCUUAUAAAAUAAACGAAAAAAAAAUUAAUGCAAACGAUAUUGAGAAUAACGACGAUGAUUUUAUUCCUAAAAUUGAGGAUUUGUGUCAAAAUGGCGGCGGUGGCGAAGAAGGUCAUCAUCACGGUAUUAAUUAUUUAACAAAAAAUUUCAACGAAUUCAACGCAUCUAAUUUUAAUCCAUCUUUUAUGGAUUAUUCUUCUCGUAUAAUAACAACAAUGCCGUAUUUAACAAUCAGGGAAAAACGAUCGAGAAAAUUCGAUGAAAAUUCACGUGAAAAAAUAAAAGGUUUGUGUUCUUCUCUAACGGAUUUAUCCUACGAUAAUUUAAAAUGCGUCGAAGUUUUACCAUUUAAAGGAUCCGAUGGAUGUUUGGAUAAUGGUGGCAAUAACGUCGGAUUUUCCCCAGAAUCCGGAGUAAAUAAUUCGCCGGAUAAAACGAUAAUAAAAAAUAAAAAUUUAAAAAUAUUAAAAACAUUAAGUCCUUUCGUUAAGAAAAAAAAAACAAAUCAUCCGAUAAAUAUAUAUCAAAUAAACGUACCAAAGAAUAUAAAAUCUUCAGGUGAAGAUUUAAAUUUAACAAAUAUUGAUUAUAGGCUGAGUAAUAUUUAUAGGAAUAGAGGAAUGUACGCUUAUGAUAAAGAUAGUAAAAAAAUCGUUUUUUAUCCUCCUGAAUAUUUUAACAAAAAUUACGAACGUGGCGGUACGAGACAAAGAUUAAAUUCCCGUAAUAGUAGUUUGAGUUGUUCUUCAUUGGAUUCCGAAGAUAUUAAACAAAUAGGAGAUGUUGCACUAUAA